CAUGGGUUGAUGCUGCUUUCUCCUCUGCAGAGACAGACACAUUUUGGAUUUAGCCCGAGUACAACUUUCCCCACGACUUUCUCUCCAUGGGAAACGCCAAGUCUAACGUUUCCGACGGGGUGAAAGCCCAAGCGGGAGGAUCGACGCAGAAAAUUUAUCAAUUAGUAAAUUUAAAAGGUGGAGGAAUACUGGUGGAAUUAACGAAGCAGGCAACAGCUACAAAAAAUUAUGCCGCCCUGGACGAAGCGAUCCAGUCGCGAGUGCCGAAAUUUGUGUAUAAUGAGGGCGAAGGGAAAAUGAUGCACAUUUCGGAAAUCGUCCUCCUCCGGAACCGGUGUCGACCGAAACAUUUACAAUUGUUGAAAAAUGACGCAGAAUAUGAUAACUACGUCCCACCGGAUGAUAAAGACCCCGCCAUGUACAAACUGGUCUGUUGGAGGAUGGACGAGCGUGGCGCGGUGGGGGAGGCACUCCUUCAUUUGUGCCUUCUCAACGCGACCGCGGUCCACUCCGAAUUGGCGAAACGCCUCCUUCGCUUUUACCCAAAGAUGAUCAAUGACGUGUACGAGUCGGACGAAUAUUACGGUGAAAACGUGCUCCACAUGGCCAUCGUCAAUGAAGAUUUUCCUAUGGUCAAGUUCCUCCUCGAUACCGGGGUGAAUGUUCAGCAGCCCUGUUCCGGCGCAUUCAUGGGGCCGGAGGAUCAAAAACCGUCGAGGACCGAUAACCUCAAGCAUGAAUGGGUGGACAGGGAUCUUAAUACGAAUUAUGAGGGACACGCCUACUGGGGGGAAUAUCCCGCCUCGUUUGCGGCAUGUUUGGGUCAGGAGGAGUGUUACAGGGUCAUUUUGGCACGAGGGGCGAAUCCCGAUGCGCAAGACACGAAUGGAAACACCGUCCUGCAUGUGCUCGUGAAUUAUAAUAAAAUGCACAUGUUCGACCUGGCGUACGAGUUGGGGUCGGAAAUAAAUAUAAAAAAUUACCUCAACUUGACCCCACUCACUCUGGCGGCGAAACUGGCUCGAAAAGAGAUGUUUUUCCACAUAAUGAACAUUGAACGAGAAAUCUACUGGCAAAUCGGUUCCGUGACCUGUGCCGCCUAUCCACUGACCAAGAUGGAUACAAUUGAAUCGGAAACGGGAGGAAUUCAGAAAGAAUCCGCCCUGAAUUUGAUCGUUUUUGGCGAAAAGGUUGAACAUCUUGACUUAAUGGAGGGACCCGUGAUCGACCUCCUCCAAGCGAAAUGGAACACAUUCGUCAAGUUCCGCUUUUACAAGCAAUUUAUCAUGUUUCUCGUCUACUUUUUCGUCACUGUCGCGGCCUUCAUGACGCGACCGGCGCAUGGAAAAGGGACAUAUCCCGGUGGGGGCAAGAACGCAUCCUCCUCCCUGGGAAAUUCUUCGUCCACCCUGAAUUCCUCCUCCCUGCUGGACGGCGGGGUCAACGUGACCACUCUGCUGGCCCUUAAUAUGACAGCCUUACUCGGACUGGGGGACAAUGCAACGUCCGAUUUAUUCGGAAUUAAUGGGACGACUGGAAACGGGACGGAAAUCAGAUACCUGUUUUCCUGGAGUAAUUGCAUCCAAGAACCGAAAGGUUGGGUGGAGUGGGUCCGAUUGGGGUGCGAGUGUGCCAUGCUGCUGGGCGCGGUGUCCUUUAUUCUGGGAGCGUGGAGGGAAUGUCAGUUUUUAGGGGCGUCAAUGUUCUUUGAGAAUUUGGCAACUGCCCCGUCGCGUGUCUUGUUCUUGUUCUCGUGUCACUUGGUCAUCGUCAUGGGGGUGCUGAGGUUCAUGUGUGUGCCCGAGUUUGAAGAUAUUGUCGCUCUUUGUAUCAUGAUGACGACAGCGCCAUACUUUCUGUUUUUUUGUCGAGGAUUCAAAACGGUGGGUCCCUUCGUGGUCAUGAUUUACCGCAUGUUGUCCGGCGAUCUGCUCCGAUUUGUGAUAAUCUAUCUGAUUUUCGUGAUGGGAUUUUCACAAGCGUACUUCAUCAUUUUUCUCUCGUACAAGAAUCCGAACGAUAAUUUGUUGGGGACACCGGCGGAGAGUGUGGUGGCCAUGUUUAUGGUGUCACUGUCAUCGUUUGACAAUAUGUAUGACAGGUUUAAGGACACGGAACACGAGUUUAUUGCAAAGCUACUUUUCGUCUUUUACAUGGCCAUCGUAGCCAUCCUGUUGAUCAACAUGCUUAUCGCCAUGAUGGGAAACACGUACACGAAAAUAGCUGAAACCAAGAAUGAAUGGCAACGACAGUGGGCGCGGAUUGUGCUCGUCGUGGAGCGAGGAGUCCAUCCAGCUGAGCGGUGGAAGCAGCAGUGCAUCUAUUCGCAGCCCAUGGGGGACGGGGACAUCAGAGCGUUGGUCCUUCGGUUAAAUCAGUCGGAGGAUGAAAAGGAGGAAAUGAAGGACUUAUUGGACCUGAAGCGGUAUCACGGCAAAUCAAUUCAGCGACGCUUGAAUAAGCUCGUGCCACCAAGAGCGUCCUCAGUUCCGCGACAUUCCAUUGCAAAUUCGUUGCUCGGGGUGGGCAUGAAUAACUAAAAAAGAAGAAGAUGGAUUUCUAAGUAUGUUUAUGACGUGGAUUAAAAACCAGUGAAUAAUAAAAUUUAUAAUCUUACCGCAAA